AUGCCUUCCCAAGUCUCUGGGGUCGCGAUUCCCACCCGGCCCGCUAACCGUCGUCACCGCGACCAGCACGUCACGGAACUGAACCGCACCCACAAACACUCGCGGUCGUCCUAUUCGGACACCUCUCCGCUCGUCUCGAGAAACAAUUCAUUGACCUUCCGCCCCAAGAAACGUCCGAUGCAGUCCCCCGAUAAGGUCAUUGCCGUCAUCAACGCCAGCGGUCGCCAGGCCGCGUCGUUCAUCCGAGUUGCCACCGCUGUUGGAUACCACGUCCGCGCCCAGUUGCGCAACCUCGAAGGUGUCGUCGCUACCGAAGUCAGCUCGAACCCCAACGUCACCGUCCUCGUAGGCGAACUCUACACGCGGCACAAGCCAACCCCGGACAACCGAGACGUCACCAGGAACGGCCCCAUCAGCGGUGUUGGCGUCAACCAUGAUCUGAUCUCCGACCUCUUCCGCGGGGUCCAGUUGGCUUUCAUCAACACCACCUUCUAUGGCGACGAGUUCCAGAUCGGCAAGGCACUUGCCGAUGCCGCCAAGAGGGCCGGCGUCCAGCAUUACAUCUACUCCUCGAUGCCGGACCACGCCGCGUACAACCCGGAGUGGCCAUCCCUUCCCCUGUGGGCCUCGAAGCACCAGGUGGAGGAGUACAUCCGCCGGAUGGAUCUGCCCGCGACGUUUGUGUACACUGGAAUCUACAACAACAACUUCACGUCAUUGCGGUACCCGCUGUUCUGCAUGGAACUUCAGUCCGAUGGCUCUUUCCUCUGGCAGGCCCCUUUCCACGAGAAUGUCAAGCUGCCGUGGAUUGAUGCCGAGCACGACAUCGGGCCAGCGAUCCUGCAGAUCUUCAAAGACGGCCUAUCGAAGUGGCGGGGCCGGCGUAUCGCGCUGGCGUGGGAGAUGCUGACCCCACGCGAGGCCUGCGAGGUCUUUGCGCGGGGCGUGGGCCGUCCGGUCAAGUACGUUCGGGGGCCCAUCGAGCUGAACGUGAAGAUCCCCACGGGGUACAGGGAGCAGCUCGAAGCGCUGGAGAAGCUGUUCAGCCUAGGCCACGACGACCCCAAGAAGCAGCCGCCGUAUUUUGGCGACGUGGAGCUGGACAGGAGUUGCCCGGAGCAGUCCAUGUCUCUCUGGGAAGGUCCGCGGGGCCUGGAGGAGUAUGCGCGCGAGGUCUUCCCGCUCGAGGAACAAGCCAACGGCUUGACAUGGAUGCUGGAAGAUGAUGACGACGCUGCCGAUGGGUAUGAGGAAGCCACCCACGCCGAAACCAUGUCACAAGCAACACGCGAGGAAGAAGAGGACGAGGAUGACCAAGACGAGAUGCUCGUGAUGAAAGGCCGGAAGCGUGACGAGGAAGAAUGGCUUGCAUGA